CCGCAAAUGGCAGGUCGCCGGGUAGUUCCCACCGAUCCCCGACUACAUCAAAUGGUUGGAAGAAAUCAUAAAAAGAAACGUCGUCUGGCUGAUCGGCUUUUAACCAAGGCUGUUCGCCAAAUAAUUCCCGAAUCGGAGUCCUACAUGGAACUAUUGGAAGUCGAGAAAAAGCUGGAUCUCGUCCUAAUGCGGAAACGAUUAACCUUGCAGGAAUCUUUAAAGCAGCCUCUCAAGACUAAGCGAAUUCUCCGUGUGAUGCUGAGCAGCACUUUUAAGCCAGGUACAAUCGAUUCCAUUGGUCCUGAUGGUCAGCCCGCCAACGACGGAAGUCCUCCAGGCUGGGAAUUGAAAGUUGAGGGGCAACUACUAGAAAAGCCUCCCGGUCAGCCAAAUGGUGCUCCCACAAUUGACCUUAAAUAUCGUCGCAAGUUCUCCACAUUUUUCAAGUCUCUGGUCAUUGAGCUUGACCACGAGUUGUAUGGACCAGACAACCACUUGGUUGAGUGGCAUCGUACCUCAUCAACUGCAGAGACGGAUGGAUUCCAGGUGAAACGCUCUGGAGAUAGCAAUGUUCGCUGCACAAUUCUCUUGAUGCUGGACUAUCAACCUCCUCAGUACAAACUUGAUCCUCGUUUUGCUCGGAUUCUCGGGCUCCACACAGGCACACGGUCGCAGAUCUUCUAUGCAUUGUGGAAUUACAUCAAGGUCCAUAGACUUCAAGAUUCGCACGAGAAAGAUUUCAUUAACUGCGAUGCCUAUUUGGAGCAGGUGUUCGGGUGUCAACGAAUGCGUUUCGCGGAGAUUCCUAGCCGAAUAAUCCAACUGCAACAGGCUCCUGAUCCCAUCGUCAUCAAUCACGUCAUCGUAAACGAUCCUGAAGACCCUAACAAAACUCUCUGCUAUGAUAUUGAAGUCGAAGUAGUAAGUAUGAUCUGUUAUGGAUUACCUCCAUCAAACCAAUGUUUGAACUACCUGAUUGAAUUGGCUGCCAUUGACAACAAGAUUUUUGAGUUGGUGGAGCAGAUUAAUCAGAUGAAGGUGCACCGCGAAUUCUAUCUGGAAUUCAGCCAGGAUCCGCACACCUUCAUAACUCGUUGGCUAGCUAGUCAGUCUCAUGACCUUCAGCAAAUGACCGAUGCGACACCUGGCCAUCCGGAGCAGGAGAGACAUGCUGACUUCUACGACGCUUCCUGGGUUCACGAGGCCGUCAAGCGGUACCUCUACAACAGGGUAUGCUCCUACAUUGUGGUCUUACUUGGAUGUGCAUUUUAG